AUGUUUUUGUUGACACUGUCGGAAAAUAGAGGAUUUGAAUGUAUACGAUGUUCUAAGACAUUUUCAUCUAAACCUAACUUGCGACAACAUUUGAAGCGUCAUAGGGAAAAAACUUUAAAGUGCCCCCAGUGCGACAAACAUUUUAUAUUUAACAGCGAAUUAAAAAGUCAUAUUAGCAGCUUGCACACAGAGUCAAGAGAAAUAUUCAAGUGUGAGAUAUGUGAUUUCACUUGCCAAACUAAAAGGACUUUAAUAAAUCACGUGGCUAGAGUCCAUACAAAAGACUUUCUGUACAAAUGCCAAAGCUGUGACAAGGGUUACAUGAGUAAGGAGGCACUGGAUUCCCAUGAAAAGAUACAACAUCAGGGCGAACGUUACGUUUGUCAACAUUGUGGAAAAGUUUAUUUGAGUAAACAAAGUUUUACAAAACACUGCAACAGUCACGAUUCCAACCACAUCGAGAAAGUUUUUACUUGCCAAAAGUGUUCUGUUGUGUAUCGCUCUUAUUCUGGAUACGCUCGACAUAUGAAGGGACACAAGGGACCAUUGCCAAGUUAUAUUUGUGAUAUUUGUGGAAAAAGGGUAAUCACAGCAGCGGGUUUGAGUUAUCACAAAAAAACACACACAGGAGAAAGGAAUCAUUUGUGUGGUACUUGCGGCAAGGGUUUUAUCAAAAGACAGGAGCUGGAAGUUCAUGCGAGGGUUCAUACGAAAGAACGGCCAUUUCAAUGUUUGAUGUGUAGUAAGCGAUUCACACAGAAAAGUUCGCUUAAUAUACACAUGAGAUACCACACUGGCGACCGACCAUAUGGGUGCGAGUUGUGUUCGAAAAAAUUUAUCACUAAUACUUUGUUGAAAGAUCAUAAAUUAUCUUUAUUUUCGACACGAAUAUGUGCUGUUGGAUAUGAUUAUCAAAUAGUUUUUAGUAUUGUUGACAGUGACGAAAAAUAG